UUCGGCAUUCCUUGGUUCCCUUUUUUGCUAGUCGCCGUGGUUUCGUGGCAUCUAUCGGCUCUUGUAUAUAGGAAAUUUGCUCGCUGGACUUCGAAAUCUUUUCCCAAGCCUUGAUGUCCGGCCACAGAUCAGUCAGAACGAAAUCAACGGGCUUGAAGCCAUUCGAAGUCAACUUUUCGUUCAUCUUUGCCUCCAGCAAAGGCGUUGGGCCGCCAGCACCUGCGCAGGCAUCGACGAAGAUCAGGGAAAUAUUCUGAAGCGUAAUUCAAAUUUAUCGAGGCCAACCGUCCAUUGUUUUGUGGAAGAGCAUUCGCGCAGUAUCUUCAUGGCCACACGUGAGCUCGGGCUCCGGGCGCCGAACCCCACCC